UGCUCUAUGCUCCACACGCAAAGUUUCUGAAUUUGGAAUAUAAAACUGAGUUCUGAAGGGUUUCCUAUAUCAUCUGAAUCCUGGUAAACCACAGAGAGAAUAGAAGCUUGAACAUGAAAACCACAGUUCCUUUUGCAAUACUCUUUGCUGGAUUUUUAAUUCUCCUAGCCAUGCUUAUGGAAGCCAAUUGCCAAUUUCCUGGAGCUGGCAACUGGGGUGGUGCCGGAGGAGGAGCGAAAGCUGGAAUGGGCUUCGGAGGCGGUUUUGGUGGUAAUGCAGGAGGUGGAGGCCAAGGAGGAGCAGGAGCUGGAGCUAAUGCAGGAUUCGGCUUUGGAGUAAGUGGUGGAGCAGGAGCAGGAGGAGGAGCGGAUGGAGGAGCAGGAGCUGGAGCUGGAGCUGGAGCUAAUGCGGGAUUCGGCUUUGGAGUAAAUGGUGGAGCAGGAGCUGGAGGAGGAGCAGGUGGAGAAGGAGGUGCAGGAGUUGGUGGUAGGGCAAAUUUCGGAAUGGGCUUUAAUGCCGGUGCUGGUGGAGGAGCUGGAGCCGGAGGAGGCUCUGGAAAUGACAUGGAAAGGAAUGCGAAAAUGCAAAAUUCUGAAACAACGGAAUCCACAGAAGAAAAGUUUUCUUCAAAAGAAGAAUAGAUCGGAGUCAUAUUUUUCUGAUAGUCAAGCAGCACUGAUAUAAAGUCUAUUUUUGUACAUGAUUGCAUAGUGUAUAAUAUCAUUGCUGAAUUUCCAUCGUUCUUUAAGACUAAAGCGAAUACGCUAAUGUGAUCGAAAAUAAGGAAAGACAUCAAAAAGAAAAGCUACGCACUAUGCAAAAUUACUCCAUUCUUCAAUUAAGAUUUGCGUAUGAAAAUUUAACUAAUUCAAGAAUUUUGGAAUUUGUACAGUGCUGUAGAGUAUAAAUUUUGUAUAGUAUAAAUGAAUUAUAUAGCUGUGAUAUAUAAGUGAAUUUACAUAUGUAAAUGAGUAAAAAUGCAAUGAUAAAGAAAAUAGAAAUCUGAAAUAAACGUACAUUAAAUGUGUUUUAAAAGAAAA